UCCUUCCUUGUCCGUACAGGGCAGAGCGGGGAAAGCGCAAAGGGCCUCCUUCCAUUCCUGUGAAACAGCACCAUCCCCACCUCGGCAAGCGACAAGUGGAUUGAUUGAUUGUUGCCUUAACACCGACUGGCCCAAGAUCAUCACAGUCAGCCUUACCCCGCUAGCUACUCCCUCCUUCACUCACCCGCCAGGGUCAACCUCCCACCUUGCAAAGGGCUUCGCUCUCUCGGACAUCCCUCCCAUCAUGUCCAGGAUAGGUGUGAAACGGGCCAUCAACUCUUCCACCACUCGCAAGACUCGCUCAUCUGGUUCACAGCAGCAGCAGGUCUCGAACACCAAAGCACCAGCAUCAGCUGCGUCAGCGGCAUCACUGGCAAAGAAGAGACAUGAGAGCGCUAACAAAGCAAAGGCGUCCAAGGGGUCGAGGAGAGCAGCAGGACCACUCAAGGGGAAAGAUGAGGAUGCGAGGGCAAGAGUAGACGGGGAGCUGCAGAGAUUAGCAGGUCGCGAGGGAAAGGGCAUCAGAGUCGGCAAAGAUCGACCCCAAGCCGACCUCAGACAGACACAGCGACCGCGCGUGGACGCCGCCCUGACGCAGACGUUUGAAGGACUGAUGAACGUACGAGACGUCGACGCCGACACCUUCAUCAGGGCUUACAGCCAGCACCUGAAGCGAUCUGGAAAGAUCGAGGUCCCCGUCUGGGUUGACAUUGUCAAGACUGGUGCCUACAAGGAGCAGGCCCCUUACGACCCCGACUGGUUCUACGUCCGUGCCGCCGCCCUCGCCCGCCACAUCUACCUGCGCAAGGCCGUCGGUGUCGGUGCUCUGACCAAGCUGCACGGUGGACCCAAGAACCAGGGCCACAUGCCCUCGAAGCACUCUCCCGCCUCUGGCUCCGUUCAGCGCAAGUGCCUGCAGGGUCUGGAGGGCAUCGGAGUUCUCGAGAAGGACCCCAAGGGUGGCCGAAAGAUCUCUCAGGACGGUAUGAGGGACCUGGACCGUAUCGCCAUGGCCUGCCUCGAGAGCCAAAGGGAGGAGGAGGACGAGGAGGACGAUGAUGAUGAGGACGAGGCCGAGGAUGACGACGAGUAA